AUGUCUAGAGCCAAUGAACAGAUAGCCCGGGCCAUGGAGAUAAUGGCCAUGGCUAUGCAACUGCAAAAUGCCUAUUUUUCUAGGAUGGAGGCGGAGAGAGCUGCAGCUAGUGCAGCAAGGCCCACUGGGUCACAGGAGAGCCGGGACUUGGCUGAGUUCCGGAAAUGCCAUCCUCCUCAGUUCAAGGGAGAGGCAAAUCUAGAGGUGGAUGACCACUGGAUUUGUGAGCUUGAGAAGAUCUUCACUGUACUGGGAUGUUCUCAAGAGAGGAGGCUAGCAUACGCGGUGUACAUGCUUGUUGGAGAAGCCGAGCAUUGGUGGAGGGGUACCCAUCAUAUGCUAACUGCCAGAGGGGUGGUUGUGGACUGGGAGUGCUUCAGAAGGAUGUUCUUGGAGAAGUAUUUCCCUGAGUGUGUGAGACAUGCCAAGGAAGCUGAGUUCAUGCGCUUACACCAAGGAGGGAUGAUUGUUUCUAAAUAUGCGAUGAAAUUCGAGCACCUAGCUCGUUUUUAUUCGCAAGGCAUAGCUGAGGCUUGGAAGUGUCGGAAGUUUGCUGAGGGUCUGAAAUAUGAUCUAAAGAGGGUGGUGGGUGGAGGUGCUGCCCUUAGAUGUUACAGGUGUGGUGGGUCCCAUAUGAUCAGGGAUUGCCCCCACACAGAGAACUGGUGUUUCAGGUGCCAGCAGAUGAGCCAUGUGUCUUUCAACUGCCCCACCGGAAACAGACCGGAGAGGAAUACACGGAGGAGUGAUGCUCAGAGAGGAGAUGCUCAGAGGGGUGACAGACCCACCGCUGCUGGUAGGGUCUUUGCUUUGACAGGUGCUGAGGCUUCGACUUCUUCUGAUCUUGUGAAAGGGAAGGGCAGAGCUGCUGACCCCUAA